UAUUACUUAAUGGUUAAUACUUAUUAAGUUCAGAGUUGUGUCUUUAAUCAGUAUUCAUUAUUAGUAAUUUUAUUAUUUAUUGAAGUAGUGUCCCGUCACUACCGUAUUUUUUUCUGAACGUCAAUUAAAUUACCAAAGUUUAUAGAAUUAUGUUAUGGAGUGGUUGUUUAUUUUAGCUUCAGUAGCCGCAUCAUUUAUCGUCGUAAUUUUUUUCAUUCUCAUAGGGUGGUGUUUGGUUUGGAAGUUGUACUUGUCAAAAUUUAAACUAGUUCGGGAACUUAUUUCUCAGCAAACACCUGAAAUUAUUAAUUCUAAUAAAACUCAAAAGACUCUUUAAAUAACCCAACUGCCAAAAAAUGAAUAUUCGCUGUGCUAAACCAGAUGACUUAAUGAAUAUGCAGCACUGUAAUCUGCUCUGUCUUCCAGAAAAUUACCAAAUGAAGUACUACUUCUACCAUGGUUUAUCAUGGCCACAAUUAAGUUAUGUGGGAGAGGAUGAAAAAGGAAACAUUGUUGGUUAUGUGUUGGCAAAAAUGGAAGAAGAUUGUGAAGAUAAUCCUCAUGGACAUAUAACAUCACUUGCAGUCAAACGAUCACAUAGACGAUUAGGACUUGCACAAAAAUUGAUGGAUCAAGCGGCUAGAGCAAUGGUAGAAUGUUUCCAGGCCAAAUAUGUAUCAUUGCAUGUUCGGAAAAGCAACAGAGCUGCUUUGAAUUUAUAUACAAAUACAUUGAAAUUUACUAUUUCUGAGAUUGAACCAAAAUAUUAUGCUGACGGCGAAGAUGCGUAUGCAAUGAAAAAAGACUUAUCACACUUCACAUUGUUGUGUGCUGAUGAUGAGAUACCAAGUAGCGAUUCUUUGUCCAAUGCAAUGAAAAAGAUAGAAAUUGAAUCUAAAUGAUUUUGUAUACUUUUCUCUUAUUAUAUUAAAAACAACAAUUUUAAUUUCAA